AUGUCAUCGUGCGAUGAACUUCUCGCUUUGCAAACUCAGCUCAUGGGGCAAAUAUCGAGAGCGCUGGCCAACUAUAAGAAACUCGGGCAAGCGAAGAUGACGCAAGCCGUAACUCGACAGCGACUCGCCGGUCUCAAAGACACAUUCGCUAAAUGUCAGGAGCUCGAUGGAAAACUCGUUCUCUAUGCCGACGAUAAAUUGAAAGCCUCUCACUCGUACUUUCAAAACCAUCUGUUCGAGAACUGCGAGGAUGUCUACAACGAGGCUGCGGACUUCAUGGCAGAGGUGCUGGCCACCUUCGAACCACAGCCACCCCACCACUCAACGAUCAACGUAAGCGGUCUGGCUGACUCAUUCCGUCCGUCCUCUCACUUGCCACGGAUCAACUUACCGACGUUCGACGGCAGCUUUGACAAAUGGGAAAGUUUUCGAGAUCGCUUCACCUCCCUGGUUCGUAACGAUGCCACCAUUUCUAAUGUCGACCGCAUGCACUAUCUUUGCUCGUGUGUAAAAGGGGACGCAAGUAACGUGUUGACUCAUCUCGCGAUUACCGAAGCAAAUUUUGUGGUCGCGUGGGACAUCCUGCAAUCGCGGUACGACAAUAAGCGUCGUCUAAUUACCGGGCAUUUACAAACGCUGCUCCAGCUGCCGGCGCUGGUCUCCGAAACUUCCAAAGACCUUCGGAACCUCCGCGAUCAAACGAACGCCGCGAUACAAGCUUUACAAAAUUUAGGGCGUCCGGUGGAACAUUGGGAUGACGUAUUAGUAUUUCUCGUUGCGCAAAAACUUGAUAAAUUCUCGAGAAAGGCGUGGGAACUCAAGCUCGGGGAUACGGCAGAGUAUCCUAAAUACACAGAACUCGAUCAAUUUCUCGAAUCGCGAGUUCGCGCGCUAGAGGCUAUCGUGCCCGUGACUCCCAAGGUCGCGGAGUCUUCUAAACCGAAAAACAAAGCUCUCGCAUCACACGCGGCGUCGACCGCGACAUUAUCUUGUCCUCUGUGCAAAAAAAGUCACCUGUUGUACCAAUGUUCCACCUUUCUAAAUCAAACACCGGCUCAACGUGCCGAUUUCAUCCGAAAAGUAAAGCGUUGCUUCAAUUGCCUCAGCGCAAAGCAUCCGGUCAAAGAUUGUACAAGCUCCCGCAGCUGCAAGCAAUGCAGCAAGCGACACCACACUUUGUUGCAUCUCGAUGCGUCCGUCAAAAACAAUGAAACCGAACCAGCAGAAUCCGCAGUCACGGUAGCGGCAAUCGAAAAAAUCGAAAGUGAAGUCGCGUCACAUACAGUCUCGCAAACCGUGUCGCCGAAUUCGCAAAUUCUACUCGCCACCGCGCGCGUUCGCGUGCAUUCAUCGGACGGCCGUGCGGUCACGAUUCGAGCCCUUCUCGACCAAGGGUCUGCUGCUACCUUGAUUACGGAGUCGAUCGCCCAAUGCCUGAGAUUACCGAAGAUCUCACGCUCCGUAUGCGUCACGGGCAUUGGCGAUACCAAAUCCAUCAUACGCCACGCUGUUACAAUCACAUUAACUCCCACGUCGUGCGAUGGGCCCGCCUAUUCGACAACCGCGCUCAUCAUGAAAUCGCUCACUCGGUAUAAGCCGAGCCGUGUCAACUCCAUGCGUUCAUGGAAGCAUAUCACAGGACUCAAGCUCGCCGAUAGCGAACCCAUGAAUCUCGACCCGAUCGAUUUAAUUAUCGGUGCCGAUUUAUUCGGUUUCUUACUCUUGGAGGGAGUUCGGAAAGGUGCCGAAAAUGAGCCGAUUGCUCAGAAUACCACACUCGGCUGGAUACUCUCCGGUCCCGUUGCUUCCCCUCCUUCCUCUCUUCCCCGUGAAUCCGUGCAAAUCCAUCACGGAACCGUUUUCGAUGACCUCGACUCCGACCUUCGUCGCUUUUGGGAGGUCGAAGACAUUCCCCGGAAAGCUCACAUGAGUCCCGAGGAACUCCAAUGCGAGGAACAUUUCGCAACCACGCACACUCGCACGCCUGAAGGACGGUACGUUGUCAGGCUACCAUUCAAACGCGGCCUCCCUCAGUUAGGCGAAUCCCGCUUCGCCGCCCUUUCGAGUCUCAGGCGCGUAGAACACCGUCUUGAACGUGAGCCGACCACCGCUUCCGAAUAUCGCGAAUUCCUGGACGAGUACGAAAGGCUCGGCCACAUGGCCAAGAUCCCCCCGGAAGAUCUCGACGUUCACGUCACUAAACGAUACUACAUUCCGCAUCACGCCAUAGUACGAGCCACCAGCGAAACAACGCGUCUCCGCGUUGUAUUCAACGCCUCCGCGCGAACCACAAAUGGCACCUCCUUAAACGAUCACCUCCUGAUCGGGCCAAAACUCCAACGUGAUCUCGUCGUCGUGAUCCUCCGAUGGAGGCAGUACCGAUAUGUUUUUACCGCCGACAUAGCGAAAAUAUAUCGGCAAAUCCGUGUUGACCCGCGCGACACAGAUUAUCAGCGCAUUUUAUGGCGUCGCUCUCCUUCGGAUCCCGUCGAAGAAUAUCGGAUGCUAACCGUCACGUAUGGCUGUGCCUAUGCUCCCUUUGCAGCCAUUCGUUCCAUAGAGCAGCUCGCCACCGACGAGGGAUCGCAAUUCCCUCUCGCGGUUCCCGUCCUACUCGAAGAAACAUACGUCGAUGACUGUGUUUUCGGCGCCGACGACAAAGUUCUCGCGCGUCAAACCCGGGAUCAAGUAAAUGCACUAUUGGCCAAAGGUUGUUUUCGUCUCCGAAAAUGGGCAAGUAAUUGUCCGGAGCUCAUCGCCGACCUCGAUCCCUCCGAUCAUGGCCUCGCGAAUCCCAAAGUUCUCAAGAACGAUGAGCAUCUCAAAAUUCUCGGGAUUGCCUGGAAUCCGCCUCAGGACGUGUUCCAAUUUCAAGUCGCUACCCAAAAUCCCGGCACAACAAAACGCGCCAUUCUCUCAACUAUUGCCAAACUGUUCGAUCCGCUCGGCUGGGUGGCCCCGGUCGUCGUCACCGCAAAAAUUUUUAUGCAGCAACUCUGGCUUUUAAAAAUAAAUUGGGACGAUGAGAUUCCGGACACUCAUCUCCGUCCAUGGGUAUCAUAUCAUUCAAAGCUUCCGUGCGUGAAUCAAGUCCAAAUACCCCGCUGGACAAAGCAAGGCGCCGACACCUUGCAUCUCGCCCUACACGGGUUCUCCGAUGCAUCCACAAAAGCCUACGCUGCCGCCGUUUAUCUUCGAACGGUGCACGUCGAUGAAUUACUUGCCGCGCAUCUCCUCGCGGGUCUCAUGCAUUUCGUCCGCACCACCCUUCAAAUUCCGCUGGGCGACUGCCACUGUUGGAUAGACGCGGACAUCGUACGGGCAUGGCUUAGCAAAUCUCCUUCUCAUUGGAAAACUUUUGUCGCCAACCGGGUCGCGGCAAUUCAGACGGCACUCCCCGAGGUGGUUUGGCGUCAUGUGAACACUCACGACAAUCCUGCGGACUGCGCGUCGCGCGGUCUCGCUCCCGACGAGAUUCAGCUACAUCCGUUAUGGUGGACCGGCCCGUCGUGGCUGAAAGAAUCACCCGAGUUCUGGCCCGUUCGCGAUCUCCCAGCCGCUCAUGAUGCUACGGACGGCAUUCCAGAAGCACGACCUCAACCAGUCGU